AUCAAGAACUGGCGACCACGCUACUUCCUGCUAAAGACAGACGGUUCUUUUAUUGGUUACAAGGACAAACCUCAGGACUCAGACCUGGCUUAUCCGCUCAACAACUUUUCUGUAGCAAAAUGUCAGCUGAUGAAGACUGAACGACCCAAACCAAACACCUUCAUCAUCCGCUGUCUGCAGUGGACCACCGUCAUCGAGAGGACUUUUCAUGUCGACACUCCCGAUGAGAGGGAUGAGUGGGCUGAGGCCAUCCAGAUGGUAGCAGAGUCUCUGGCUAAGCAGGAGGAGGAAGGCAUCUUGUGCAGCCCCACCUCUCAGAUCGAGAAUGUCAAUGAGGAGGAGAUGGACACCUCCAUCAGCCACUACAAACGAAAGACAAUGAAUGACUUCGACUAUCUGAAGCUUCUGGGCAAAGGCACUUUUGGAAAAGUCAUUCUGGUGAGGGAGAAGGCGAGCGGCACCUACUACGCCAUGAAGAUACUGAAGAAGGAAGUCAUCAUAGCCAAGGAUGAAGUUGCUCACACACUCACAGAAAGUAGGGUAUUAAAAAACACUCGGCAUCCUUUCUUAACUUCCCUGAAGUACUCGUUUCAGACUAAAGAUCGGCUUUGCUUCGUUAUGGAAUACGUCAAUGGAGGGGAGCUGUUUUUCCACUUGUCAAGAGAAAGAGUCUUUUCAGAGGACCGCACUCGUUUCUAUGGCGGCGAGAUCGUUUCGGCUUUAGAUUACCUACAUUCUGCCAAAAUUGUCUACCGUGAUCUGAAGCUGGAGAACCUGAUGUUGGACAAAGACGGACACAUAAAGAUCACAGACUUUGGCUUGUGUAAGGAGGGCAUCACCGACACUGCCACCAUGAAGACUUUCUGUGGGACACCGGAGUACCUGGCUCCUGAGGUUCUGGAGGACAACGACUACGGGCGGGCAGUGGACUGGUGGGGUUUGGGCGUGGUGACGUACGAGAUGAUGUGCGGCCGCCUGCCCUUCUACAACCAGGACCACGAGAAACUGUUUGAGCUCAUCCUCAUGGAGGAGAUCAAGUUCCCACGGACCCUGUCGGCCGACGCCAAGUCCCUGCUGUCAGGGCUGCUAAUCAAGGACCCCAACAAACGGCUGGGCGGAGGACCGGAUGAUGCCAAGGAGAUCAUGCGGCACAGUUUCUUUGGCACGAUUGACUGGCAGGACGUUUACGACAAGAAGCUGGUCCCCCCCUUCCAGCCCCAGGUGUCCUCAGAGACGGACACACGCUACUUCGACGAAGAGUUCACAGCACAGACCAUCACCAUCACCCCGCCUGAAAAAUAUGACGAGGACGGGAUGGACGCGGCGGACAACGAGCGAAGGCCUCAUUUCCCGCAGUUCUCCUACUCAGCAAGCGGGCGGGAAUGAGCUCCGCUGCCUGGAUCGAUCCAUCGUGGCCAUUUUGAGGAAAACGCGUAGCCAUUCUAGAACAAACCACCGGCCCCCCCUCUCUGUGUCCUCGCGGAUGGAGGGGAAGUCUUCGUAGGGACUUUAAAAGAGGUUUUUGCACAGUGGGCUGGACUCAAACUGGUCUCCCACAUUAAAAAAAGAGUCUGGGACAUUUUCAGCAGAAGGCUGUUUCUGUUAUUUAUUGUUUCCUGUGGGUAUGAAGCUGUCGAGCCAGGUUGUGUUCAUCCCUUCUCCUUUGUCACUGCUGCCAUUUGUCUCCUUUUCCUUUGACUUGUUGCACUGGGUUUGGAAGAGAACCGUUCCAGGAACAGGAACCAGAAGUGUUGCCUUACGUGUGCAGAUGUUUGGCGUCGCGCCCACACCCUGGGUUUUGUUGUUUCCUUUGGGAGAGGCAGACGUGUUUUGGGUCAGUUACAGCUGAGCGUACGUGCAUGGCUCGUGGGUCACUUGUUAAAAAACCAGGAGAAGAUUCUUCCUCGUGUGGGGGCACACGUCCCUCGACCCCAUGACAAUAAAUCUGCUUCAAGUUAAAAAUGAAAUGAGAAUGGAUGUUCAUCGCUGCAGUUCCACCUGCUCUUUAUUGUGACACAUUAACUUGAAGGUUGUUGACUCUGCCUCACCGUGCACAGCUCGCUCACGCACAGAGCACAACCUCCGACCGCCAGAGGCCGUUCUUCCUCACCGCUCCUCCUCCUCCUCACCGCUGUAGAACUGGGCUGUUAACACGCCGCAGGGCUCCACCUUGUGCUGUCGUAGCACACACACAUUUCUGCUUCACGUUGGACUGGAACUAAAUCAGGUGGUGUGUUUUCUGAAACCACACUUCCACAAGAAAACAU